CUACGAGUUAAAAAUAGGUUGGCAGCUUUGCGAGUAGUUUCAUUCUACUGCCUAGAGGUAGCAGCACUCCCUGGAUACUCUUGACAGUUGUUUUGUUGAGUUUGGUCAUCAUCACAUCAUUUGGAAAAUGUCCGACCGGCGAUAUGAGCGUUCAGAGCGACUACGUCCAUAUUCUAGUCGUUUUGAAGAUUUUGUGGACAACGAAUUAAAUGGAGACGUUAGUGAUCUAGAGAUCAGUGAUGAUGAAGAUGCUGAUCCAGAUUUUGAACCGGAAGAACCUAUCCAGCAAGCGCAGGAGGAGACAUCUGAAGACGACAGUGAUUCGGAAGGUGGUGUAACUCAGGUGGUGGCAAAUCCUGCAAUCGAACCUUCCACACGCAUGGUUCAACCAAGAGGUUCCAGACGAUCCAGUGUGACUUCAGUAAACCAGCUUGGCACUCACACUCAAGUAACUACUCCGGAGCAAAAUGAUGAAACCUUACCAAGUCAAACAAGAACUUUUUGGAAAAAACAGGUUAGUUUUGAUCCACUACCUCCUGCUCCUGCUUACGAAGAAAUAAAUCAAAACGCACUCAAUAUACCUCCUCAAGAUUACGUCAGCAAGUACAUUCCUGACGAUAUUUUCAAUGUGGUUACUAACCAAACAAAUCGCACUUACAUCGAAAACAAAGGUCGUCCAUUAAUUUCCGGUCCUGAACAAACCAAAAAGUUUUUUGGUGCAGCGAUCAAAAUGUCGAUUAUGGGUCUCCCACGAACUAGGAUGUACUAUGAUGUUAAGACCAAGGUACCCUCGAUAGCAUCAAUUUUACCACGGGACCUUUUUUUUUGCCAUCAGAAACAAUUUGAAGCUGCUCCAGAUGGAUUACCUCUAGAUUUCUUUUUUUACAAUGGCAAGGGUGACCCGAUUGUAGAAGAUCCAUCCUGUUCCAGACUUAACAUUGGUGGUAAGGCAGUCAUGAAGCUGCUGAGAACUUUCCCGCAGGGGGUUUCAGUUUACAUGGAUAGGUACUUUACAUCCGAGGAACUACAAACUAGACUUGGCUCCACUCAGAACGAGAGGCAACAGGAACCGGUACACUCCAAAAACAGAGAAUCCCCCCUAAUUCCAAAUUGA